AUGGCAGAGUCUCAAAACACGUCGUUCUCCAGGAGACCCGCAUUGGCUUCCAACACUGUUCCACUACCGGUCUACGGUUAUCCAUCCCCGGCAAAUGCCUUUCCUUACGCCAACAAUAAUCAGCGGAAAAAUAGCUGGUGCGGGCGCUGUUGUUGUCUCUGGUGGUUCAUCGGCAUCAUACUCACUCUAGCUGUGCUCUUUGUCAUCGCUGUUGUUGCUUUUUGCUUGAUUACCCGGCCAGAAUUACCUUAUUUUGCAAUCGAUAGUAUCGCUGUUAACGGAAUGAACCUCACAUCAUCGUCUGUUAUUUCUCCGGCAGUUGACGUGUUUAUAAGGGCUGAUAACGGUAACAACAAGAUUGGAAUUUACUACGAGAAGCAUAGCACCGCUGAAAUAUUUUACAGAGACGUUUGCCUCUGUAACGGCGCUUUACCCGCGUUUUAUCAGCCGACAAAUAACGUGACGGUGUUUCAGACUGUGUUGAAGGGUAAUGGCACCAAACUUGCGGAAAGAGAUCGGAGGGCGUUGGUGAAUGCUGUUGCGAAAUGGAGCGUGCCGUUGACGUUGAAGAUGAGGGCUCCGGUGAAAGUCAAAGUGGGGCUUGUUAGGACAUGGAAGAUCGGAGAUUUUGUGUUUGACUGUGAUGUGAUUGUUGAUCAGUUAACUGCGCAGGCGAAGAUUGUUGACACUGAUUGUAGUUAUGGAUUACAUCAUUCAUGA